GCCAACAGACGCCCGGGGCCCAGAGGGGCAAGAGAGCCGGGACCGGGCAUGGAGCCUGGGGCCGGGCCCUCCAGGGCCCCGAAGGACAGGAAGGCGGAGUCUCAGCAACAGGCUUGGGCCCAGCCCGUCGAGGGCCACGGCCGGAUACUGCUGUUCGGCGAGCUCUGGAAGCGGGAUGAGGGCUGCCUGACCGUGCAGGACGUUCUGGAGCAGGCUCCGGACGAUCACUGCGCCGGGCCCUCGUUCACGCGAGCCGCGAGCUACCACAGCAGCUGCGCCACGCGGCAGCGCAAGCGUCCCGGUAACAGCGGGUGGGACGGCGCCGACUGCCCCGCCGCCAAGUCCAGGCGCUGCGCCAAAGAGAGGCGGUGCGACAGGUGCAAGGCCACGGACCCGUGCGAGUGCCGGGCGGCUCCGGCUGGGUCUGAGACCUCCUGCCGCGAGGCGGCGGAGGAGCCGCAGUCGGGAGGCUGGGUGCCCUGCCCCGCGCCCCAGCGCAGCCCCCGGCUGCUCCUGGUGCUGUGCCGCGCGUCGGCGCUCCGCUCCAACCUGCCGCGGCUGCAGCUGCUCCUGCAGCAGGUGCACGCGCGGCACCGCCAGCCGCCUGCUGCGCUCGUCGGGAUCGUGGUGCAGCCGCAGCCGGAAGAGGAGGCCGAGGCGCGCCGCCGCAUGGAGACCCUGCUCUGCAGCGCCUUCGCGCCGCACAGCCCCUCAGUGGAGGUGCACACGGCGGUGUUCCGCCCCAGCCGCUCGGACUGCGCCCUGGACGUCCAGCCCGCCGCCAGCACAGGGCACAAUGCCAGGGCGCGGGGCAGCGUCCUCCUCGUGGAUCAGGAGACCCAGACGGAUGAAAACCUACAAGGAAACACUCCACUCAUCGUAAUUCGCGUGCUCCAAGCUCUCGGGACUGCUGCUGUGGUUCUGGGGGCCCUAGGAGCUGCCUAUUACACCACUGAAUCCUUGUGAGCAACCCCCCAGGCCCUCGGUCCGGCAGAUCCAGUUUCCAUCAAGGAUCUCUCUUGUCACCAAAAUAGAACAAAAA